AUUAGCCUCCACAGUUAAUGCGAAACGGCCCUACUUAAAAGCUCGAACCUCCACAGUAAUGGAGUCACAUUUUUCUCUGCAUGUGAGUUUUAACUGACACUUCCACUCUUUCUCUUUCUCUAUAUAUAUAUAUACACAUAAAACAACUGCUAAGUCUCACUCUCGGCUAUACUCUGUGGCCUAUAUAAAAGGGCUACUGUAAUAAAUUCCAUACAAUUCUAUACAGUUACAGUACAGCCAUGAAAAUGAUGAAAUUCCUCUGUUUCCAGUUACUUUGCAUAAUUUUUCUUUCAAACAUUGGUUUGUUCCAGUCGAGUUAUCACGAUUAUGCUGAUGCAUUGUCGAAAUCGAUUUUAUUCUUCGAGGGGCAGCGAUCGGGUUACUUGCCGGAUAACCAGAGAAUCAAUUGGCGGGGGCAUUCCGGCCUCAGCGAUGGGUGGAUGGUUAAGACGGACUUGACCGGCGGUUACUACGACGCCGGCGAUAAUGUUAAGUUCAAUUUUCCGAUGGCAUUCACCACCACAAUGUUGGCUUGGAGUGUGAUUGAGUUCGGCGAGUAUAUGCCGCCGGCGGAAUUGAGGAAUACGCUGGUUGCAGUCAAAUGGGGUACGGAUUAUCUCCUCAAAAUUGUUUCUCAACCCAAUCGGAUUUUCGUCCAGGUGGGGGAUCCAAUUUUAGACCAUAACUGCUGGGAGAGACCAGAAGAUAUGGACACUGCUAGAACAGUGUACACAGUUGAUGCUCCAGAUACGGCUUCUGAUGUCGCUGGGGAGACUGCUGCAGCCCUUGCUGCCGCCUCCAUUGCAUUCCGAUCCUCUGAUCCAGGAUAUUCUGAUACCCUUCUACGAACUUCCACCCGGGUUUUUGAUUUUGCAGAUAGUUAUCGAGGGGCUUAUAGCGAUAACUCGAAUAUCAGGAAUGCUGUAUGCCCGUUUUACUGUGAUUUUGAUGGAUAUCAGGAUGAAUUGCUGUGGGGGGCAGCAUGGUUAAGAAGAGCUUCUCAAGGCGAAUCUUACCUCAAUUAUAUACAAACCAAUAUCAAAACAUUAGGUGCUGAUGACAAUAUUAAUGAAUUCGGAUGGGACAACAAACAUGCCGGUCUAAACGUCCUUGUAUCUAAGGAAGUCUUGGAAGGGAACAUGUACUCUCUGGAGACAUACAAAGCAUCAGCAGAUAGCUUCAUGUGCACUCUUAUUCCCGAAUCUUCGACAUACCACAUAGAGUUCUCUCCCGGAGGUCUCAUUUACAGGCCCGGUGGAAGCAACCUACAACACGCCACCACCAUCUCGUUCCUCUUGCUUGUUUACGCCAAUUAUUUGGAGAGAUCAUAUCAGACCGUGAAUUGUGGCAGUGUUAGCAUUAGUCCAACGAUGCUUCGACAUAUAGCCAAGCGGCAAGUUGAUUACAUUCUAGGGGAUAAUCCUAAAGGAAUGUCAUACUUGGUUGGAUAUAGUAAUUACUAUCCAGGGAGGAUUCACCAUCGUGGUUCAUCGCUUCCAUCCAUCAAAGAUCAUCCCCAAUUCAUUGCGUGCAAGGAGGGUUCGAUUUAUUUUAACUCAUCGAACCCUAAUCCGAAUGUGUUAGUUGGGGCCCUAGUUGGAGGUCCCGGAGAAGAUGAUGCCUAUGAAGAUGAUAGAGCCGACUUUCGCAAAUCCGAGCCCACAACUUACAUCAACGCACCAUUUGUUGGUGUACUUGCAUAUUUUGUGGCCAACCCUAACUUCAAAUUAGGACAAUACACAUAAAAAUUUGUAUAUAAUGUACUGCAUACUCAAUUCAAUAUGGAAAGGAUGAAAGUCUCUCAUCUUGUGCUAAGCAAAAGAGGGAAGAGGCUUAAUCCUAGGAGAAUUGCAGCCACAAUAGCUCAUUGUGUCAUUUUUCAAUAGAAUUGACUACGAAAGCUUGAAAUUAA